UACCUCAAAAGAAAAACAUCCAUUUGCAUUACUAAUUACGAGCGACGAGAUUAGGAUCAGACCGAUGUAGAUAAAAUAGUAUUGACCCAUGUCUACUCGAACUAAAGACCACAUCAAACACUACAGAAAACAUUGUAUCAUAUCAAUCCAAAGUCAGGCAACUCAAGAUCUAAAAAUUCGAACUUGGUGGUCAAAUUUGAAAUCUUUGCACAUGCAUAUAAAGAAAAGCAAAACACAAUUCGUUUCUUUGUUGUCAAUUCUUUUCUUCCCAAAGUGAAAUACCCAUUACACUUUCCAAGGUAUCUUUUGCCUUGUAUUUAGCUAUACCACAUACGUUUUUUUACUUUUAGUUUACUACAUAAACCUCACAACCCACAACACAAUUCAUACUAUUUCCUAUUAAUUCGACAAAAAUGCAUAACAAGAUUGGCUCUCUACCGGUCAGAUCCGAUCCAUCAGCCCGGCCAAUAUCCCGUCACCACUCAACGAGCUACAUUGAUCGGGUCAAAGAAAGCCUCACAACAAGAUUGUCCAAAUUCAUAUGCGCUAUUUUCUUAACGCUUUUGCUAUGUUUAGGCAUUGUUUUUUUCAUCUUAUGGAUCAAUCUACGUCCUCACCGACCCCGUUUCCACAUCAGCGAGUUCUCUCUCCCCGGUUUGGGCAAUACUGACGGUUUCGAGACCUCUCAUAUAAGCUUCAAGAUAACGGCUCAUAACCCAAACCAAAAAGACCCGAAGAACACGAGUUUGAUCGAAGGAGUCUUACGUGGGCCCACAAUGACGGUGAAUAAGGACCGUUGGAAGCAGAUGGGACGAGACAGGAAUCAAGGGAAGGUGGUGUUUCGUUUAGAUGUGGUGUCCGUGAUACGGUUUAAGGUGUACACUUGGCACAGUAAAAGGCAUAGGAUGCACGCAAACUGUUAUAUUGAGGUCGGCUGGGAAGGCAUGUUGCUGAGCCGGACCAAAGACAAGAGAUGUCCGGUUUAUUUCACUUAACCAAAUGUGACACAAUAAUGAUUUGAACCUUUUUUUUUCUUUUUUUUUAUUAAUAUGAUUCCAAUUUGAUAGUUCAACAUAUCGGCUGUAUUCUAAACAUUUCUUAUAAAUGAUUCCAUGUUAUAAAUCAUGGAGUGGAUUGGCAUUAACCAAGACAAGAGAAGAAAGCCCGUCGGCCACAUCAAGCCCAACCGCGGCCGCAAGGAGGAGAGAGAGUCGGUCAAUGAUCUAGCCGACUUAGAACUUAGAAUGUUUUCCUUUUCUAUGUUUUAGUAGUUUUUCUAUUUCCUGUUGGAUUAGGAUAUGUACUCUUUCCAUUUUUCUUUAUCUUGUAAUCCUUAUAUAAGGAACCCCCAUUGUUCGUUAAUAAUAACACAGAAAUAUUCAGUCUCUAAA